GAUUACCCUGGGAUAUAUAUUUGAGUCUCCAUUGCUUGAAACGCUGCUGAAUUUUUUCCCCAUGCCAUCGUAUCGGAAUCUCACUCUUCAGUGUUUGACAGAGGUUGCAGCACUUAAUUUUGGAGAUUUCUACAAUGCCCAGUACGUUAAGAUGUGCACCAUAUUCAUGAAACUGUUACAGACCAUGAUUCCUCUUAAUACAAACAUUCCUGAGGCUUAUGCAAUUGGUUCCUGCGAAGAGCAGGUAAAGUUGUUUUUGGCGCUUCAAAAUUUAAUGAAGACCAUUUUUUAUGUGUUCGCUCAAUAAUUGUUUAUUUCUGGCAAUGUCUUUUGUUUUUUA